CUAUGUUCUAUAUUCUAAUACUUUCUGUCAGUAUUCACCAAAGAGAAUGGAUUGAUGGAAUAUGAUCUCAAAGAAGGAAAUGUCGAAUUUCUCAGCAAAGUUGCUAUUUAGGUGUUGUGCACCUAAAAAAGUAUUGAGGUAGAGAAGAUUGGGAGCUAUCCCAGUCUAUAGAGGGAGGCAAGAGAACAAACUAUUGAAGCAUUGACGGAAAAUGUUGUGUCCUCUUUGGCCAUAGGGGCUGUCCCAGAGGACCGGAGAAUGGCCAGUGUUGUCCAAUUGUUUAAGAAGACAGCAGAGAUAAUCCAGGAAAUUACAGAUGUGUAAGCCUCGGUUUGGUUCAAUUGGUUCUUGCUCACUACAGGGAGAUAAAACACAGAAGUCCUGAAAUAUUGAGUGAACACACCAGUGUGACAUAUCAGUGGAUUUAAAUUGUACCAAGAAACAGGAAGGACUGAAGUCAAGAAAUUGAUGUUCAUCAAGGACAUCAAGGACAUCAAGGAGGGAUAUCAGCCGGUGUGAUGAGAACUUUGCUGCUCUUUCUGGGUUACCUGCUUGCAGACUCAGCACUCACUGACCCCUGUGUGAAUUAUACAGUCUUGAAUCAGGCCUGGAGGAGUAUUGAUUGCACUGAGACUGAGUGCGCUGCCCAGUUGAUGUGUGACAACUUUCUAAGCGCCGGAUGGUAUAAAUUUCAAAGUUCUGGUGGACGGAGAAUUCCAGACACUGUCGUCACAGCGAGGCAAUGCUCCACACGUGCCACAGGCUGGCUACAAGGCUCACAUCCAAACGUUGAAGAGGGAGAACUAACGAGAAAAGUUUGUUUUAACUUGAAUGGAAAUCGGUGCCACUGGAAUCGAGAGAUAAAGAUCAAGAACUGUUCCAAUUACUUUGUUUAUCAUUUAAAGCCAACUCCUGGCUGCCACGCUGCUUAUUGCACAGUUACGGAUUUAAUACAAAGUGACCCCUGCGAAGAUCACACUGUCCUGGAUCAGCCCUGGAGGAGUACAAGUUGUAGAAAUUUGAAAUGCUCCAGGAUGCUAAUGUGUGAUACCUACACUAAUUAUGGAUGGUACAGAUUUAAGAGUUCUGGCGGAUGGAAAAUGUCAGAGUCAGUAGUUCCAACACAUCGCUGCUCCGCUUAUUCCAGUGCCUGGUUACAAGGUUCUCAUCCGGACAGAGUUGAGGGGGAAGUGACAAGAACAGUUUGUAUUAACUGGAAUGGAAACCCCUGCUAUUGGGUGCAUGAGAUAAAGGUCAAAAACUGUGCCAGUUUCUUCGUUUAUGAAUUGAAGUCAUUAUUCUACUGCGCAGCUUAUUGCACAGAUCCUAAUACAGUACCAACCCAAUUGCCUGAAGAACAAUCAACUGGAGAAUCUAUUGAGCAGGUGUCACUUAUGCCCACCGGAACUGCGACCUCAGAUCCAGACACAGCAUUAACUCAUUCGCCUGAGGAACAAUCAACUGGAGAAUCUUUUCAGCAGGCAUCACCUACGCCCACAGGAACUGCAACGUCAGACACAGAAUCAGCUAAUUCGCUUGAGGAACAAUCAACUACAGAAUCUUUUCAGCAGGCGUCACUUAUGCCCACAGGAACUGCAACCUCAGAUCCAGGCACAAAAUCAACUCAUUCGCCUGUGGAACAGUCAACUGGAGAAUGUCUUCAGCAGGAGUCAUUUAUGCCCACAGCUACUGCAAUCUCAGAUUCAGACACGGCAUCAGCUUAUUGGCCUGAGGAACAAUCAACAAGCGAAUCUUUGGAGCAGGCGUCACGUAUGCCCACAGGAACUGGAGACACAGAUUCAACUGAUUCACCUGAGGAACAAACAACGAGAGAACCUUUUCAGCAGGCGUCACUGCUGCCCACGCGAAAUGCAAUCUCAGUUCCAGACACAGCAUCAACUCAUUCGCCUGAGGAACAAUCAACUGGAGAAUCUGCAGCAUCUGCAAUCUCAGACACACCAUCAACUUAUUGGCCUGAGGAACAAUCAACAAGUGAAUCUUUGGAGCAGGCGUCGCGUAUGCCCACAGGAAGUGGAACCGCAGACACAGAAUCAACUGAUUCACCCGAGGAACAAUCAACUAUAGAAUCUUUUCUGCAGGCAUCACUACUGCCAACAGGAACUGCAAUCUCAGGUUCAGGCACAGCAUCAACUUAUUCGCCUGAGGACCAAUCAACUAGAGAAUCUUUUGAGCAGGCGUCACAUAUACCCACAGGAACUGGAACCGCAGAUUCACACACAGCAUCAACUCAUUCGUCUGAGGAACAAACAACUAGAGAAUCAUUUGAGCAGGCGUCACUUACGCCCACAGGAACUGCAAUCUCAGAUUCACACACAGCGUCAACUCAUUCGUCUGAGGAACAAACAACUAGAGAAUCAUUUGAGCAGGCGUCACUUACGCCCACAGGAACUGCAAUCUCAGAUCCAGACACAGCAUCAAAUCAUUCGCCUGAAGAACAAUCAACUGGAGAAUCUUUUCAGCAGUCGUCACAUAUGCCCACUGGAACUGCAACCUCAGAAACAGACACAGCAUCAACUCGUUCACUUGAGGAACAAUCAACUGGAGAAUCCUUUGGGCAGGCGUCACAUACGCCCACAGGAACUGCAAUCUCAGAUACAGACACAACAUCAACUCAUUCAUCUGAGGAACAAACAACUAAUGAAUCUUUUGAGCAGGCGUCACUUAUGCCCUCAGGAACUGCAAUUUCAGCCUUUGCUUCAGAUAGAAAAACAGCAUCAACUCAAUCCCCGGAGGAACAAUCAACUGGAGAAUCUAUUGGGCAGGUGUCAUUUAUGCCCACAGGAACUGAAAUCUCAGAUCCAGACACAACAUCAAAAAAUUCGCCUGAGGAACAAUCAACUGGAGAAUCUCUUCAGCAAGCGGCACUUAUGACCACAGGAACUGCAAACUCAGAUCCAGACACAGCAUCAACUGAUUUGCCUGAGGAACAAUCAACUGGAGAAUCUUUUGCGCAGGCGUCACUUAUGCCCACAGGAACGGCAAUCUCAGCUCCAGACUCAGCAUCUGCUCAUUCGCCUGAGGAACAAUCAACUGGAGAAUCUUUUCAGCAGGCGUCACCUGUGAUCACAGGAGCUGCAAUCUCAGAUCCAAACACAGCAUUAACUCAUUCGCCGGAGGAACAAUCAACUCGAGAAUCUUUUGAGCAGUCGUCGCUUAUGCACACAGGAACUGCAUUCUCAGAUCCAAACACAGCAUCAACUCAUUCGCCUGAGGAACAUUCAACUGUAGAAUCUUCUCCGCAGUCGUCACCUAUGACCACAGGAACAGCAAUCUCAGAUGCGCAAUAUAUUUGGAUUAAAAUCAGCAUCAUUUCCCCGGUGGAACUCGAUAAUGAAACAGCAAAGAACAUCGCUAAGGAAAAGAUACGAACGAUGGUCAGUGGUCAGGGAGGCACCAAUAGUGAAUUGGAAGUGAAAGAGGCUCACUGCUCAGCUGACAAUUUGGAAACAUGAAGGCGAUAUGAGUGUUCAUCAGCACCAGAUACCCCUAAUACAAUUGUUGUUCAUCUCAAAGCAUAAUGGUUUGCACUUACCUUCACAAUUUUCAACUCAAAGUAACUGUUGGAGAAGAGUUAAUCUUCAACUAUAAAUGUAUCGAUAUUCUAAUGUUAUUAAUCGUCCUUCAUACGUCAUUUUCUAUGUAUGUUUUAUGCAUGUGUUUUAUUUUAAAAUCAACAUAUAAAUAAUGACCUCUUGUUUGCUGAAACUAGAUAGAAACUACAAUUCCAGCAUUUUUCAUGAUUCGGUGUUCUAAAACUUAAGAAAAGAACUUAGAAUCAUAGCAGACCUUCACUCCAACCCGAACAUGCCGACCAGAUAGCCUAAACCAAUGUAGUCCCAUUUGCCAACUCUUGGCCCAAAUCCGUCUAAACUCUACAUCUUCAUAUAUCCAUCCAGGUGCACUUUAAAUACUGUAAUUGCACCAGCCUCCGCCACUUCCUCCAGCAGCUCAUUCCAAAACAUUGCCCCUUAGGUCCUUUUUAAGU